AUGAUAAUGUCCAAUCUUUCGCCGGAUUUGAUAGAAGAAAUACUCUCUAGAGUUCCAGCCACAUCUCUAACAAGAUUACGAUCUACUUGUAAACGAUGGAAUACCUUUGAAUUAUUCAGAGACAGAAGAUUCACUGAGAAGCACUCUCGUAAAGCUCCAAAGCAGUCCAUGGUUCUCAUGUUGAAGGAAUAUAGAAUUUUUGUAAUGAGCAUUAGUCUCAACGUCGCUGAUCCAUCUAGAGAGUUUAAGGUUCCGCUUGGCCUAAAGGAUUCUCAUUCUAAUCUAGAAAAAGUAUAUAUAUACGAAGCUUUUCACUGUGGCGGUUUGUUGUUAUGCAAAACCAACCACGAUGGACUUUUGGUUUGGAAUCCGGGGGAAUCCAGAUGGAUCCAACCCAAAAGUGAUGAAGAGAGCUAUCGAUGGUCUUUAUAUUGUCUAGGUUACGAAAACAACAACUUUUGCCAUAGCUACAAGAUUUUAAGGUGUUUGCAUAAACUUAUAAAGUUCGAAAUUUAUGAAUUUAGUUCUGAUUCAUGGAGGGUUCUUGAUGUCGCUGCUCUUGUCUUCAGAAUAGAGUCACGAGAGGGUGUGUCUUUGAAGGGAAAUACUUACUGGCUUGCUUUUGAUACAGUAGACAAAUUCAUACUAAGUUUUGAUUUUACAAGAGAGAGAUUUAGACGUUUUUGUCUUCCAGUGUUUCAGAAUCUUGAUGCGAUGGCUCUAUCAGUUGUUAGAGAAGAUAAACUUUUACUGUUACAUAGGAGCUUUGAUACAAUUUCAAAGAUGGACAUGUGGGUGACUUAUAUUAAUAUUGAUACUGAAGCUGUGUUGUGGAGCAAAUCCUUUACGUUAGAUAUACCUAUUAGUAGUACUGAUGGAUAUAUUCCCAAUAACUUUUUGGUCGACGAGGAGAAGAAAGUGGUUAUGUGUUGUAAUCGAAGUUUGAAGCCAAAUAGCCGGAAGAGGGAAUACGUUAUUCAUAAAUAUCACACAGAGUCCCCUUCUGUAGACACUACACACGCAUCAGAUUUCUCUUUUAUUUUCAGUUAUGUUCCAAGUUUGGUUCAAAUCCAGCGAGUAGAGGAAAAGACUAGUCGAUAA